AUGGAUACAUUGCCAUUGACUAUACUUAGACAGAUUGUAGAGUGUUUGGAUUGCAAUGCUGAUCGAUUGAUGUUAUCACUGUCUUGCAAGAGAUUGUUUGAACAGAGACACUCAUACUUGCACUUCUACAUCUAUGGCAUGCCACUCUAUCACAACUAUAACAUCGAUAAAGUUACAUUGAACUCUUACAAACAGAUAAUCGACCAAGUCAUAAACAACAAGCCAAUGACUGUAUUCAUAUACACCAACGAGAUGAAUGAGUGGAGUAAAUCAGCAGAUCGUCGUAUCUUAAUUGCGGGUGACAAGCGCUAUAGUGAUGAGUGGAAGAAUGAAGUGCUGGCAAUGCCCUCCAUUGAAUGCAUUACCUUUUCAGAAUGCGAGUUGUGUCCAUUGGAUGAGAAGUUCUGGGAGGGCACAGUUGACUUCUUCAAGGCACUACGCGAUCGCUACCAAGAUGGAUCCAUUCCAGAGAUUAAGUUCAAUCAAACAUCCAAACCAUUACAACUACAUAACAUACCAAUCACGGAUAUCGACAUAUCAGUUGACUUUAACAGCAAUGACGAUGAUGAGUUGGGAGGUAUAAUCCGACCAGGCAUGUUCCCCUCGACUUUGACCAAACUCUGCUUGUACAACAAUCAUAUCUUUGAGCCUCGCAUCGACCUUACCUACCUUCGAUCACUCAAGACUCUAUACUUCUCCAACAGGGAAGACCAGCCUUUGGAUGGGACAGAGCUGCCAGCUUCAUUGACCGAGCUGGAGCUUGAAUCACGCCUCGGCCAUAUCAAUCUCAACUUGCCACCAAGCAUCACUGACUUGGCCGUGUACGGUGCCAUCAGGUAUCGAAUGGAUAUCCGCAAUCCUCAAACAAUACGAUCAAUAAGCUGUUACUCUGCAUCCAACAUCUCCAUCAAGGACUACACCAAUCUGAGGGAGAUCUCAUUCCUAUCAACCAAUGAUGGUGAACUUUCGCAACUCACAUCGGAGAACCUUCCAUUAUUGGAAUGUAUGUACCUUGGAUUCAAAGAGGUGACAAUGGUACCGAUCAAUCUCUCUGGGCUGCCUGCGUCACUCAAGCGACUCUGCAUCAAGACCCAGCGACGGCCAAUCGCUUCGCUACCCAGUGGAAUUGAAUGGCUCAGAAUACAUUUCGAUUGGUUCAUGGAGGAUGUCAAACUGGCGGGCAUAGUAUGGCCGAGUCCAUCACUGAUCAGAACUCUAAAGUUGGAAUCAUACUAUUAUGAGUUGACACCCGAUGAUAUUCCAUCAUCGGUGACCUGUUUGAAGCUACUCUCACACAAGAAGCAAGUGAGACAUACUGCACUGUCGCCAAACAUUAGGAAGUUGUUGUGGUAUGGAGGUAGCAGAGAGCAUACAAUCGAGCUGAUACAACAUCUACCAAUGACAAUUCAACGAUUUGACAUACAAGUUGGUUCAGAACUGUUCAAUCUCCGUCGUAUCGACUCAACACUAUUCAUACAGAUCGAAGACGUCCUUUUACGCUCUGGCUUUAUCGACCUGGCAACACUCGAAUCACUUCUGGCAUCAAUCAAAGAACGAUCGUCAAGUGACUUG